AUGUGCAACACAUGCAAAACCAAUGUGAGCAUGGGAUCUGCAACUGCAAAAACAAAGAAUACAUCAAAUCUUUGGACCCAUCUAAGAAUUCAUCAUGUUGAAUUAUUUAAUGAAGCACAGAAAACAAAAGAAAAGGAAUCAUGUGAAACACCAACUCUAUUCCAGCCAAAAAUAAAAGACCUAUUUCAGAGACACACCAAGUGGCAAAAGUCCGAUGAAAGAUCCCAACUUCUGGACAGAGCAAUCACAGAGAUGAUGGUUACGGAUAACCAGCCAUUUACAAUGGUGUCUGACUCUGGCUUUAAGCGCUUGAUGUCCAUAGUUGAGCCAAGGUACACACUGAAAAAUGAAAAAUUUUACAGGACCGAAAUGCUGCCAAAGAUUCAUCAGAAGGUGAUACAGAAAGUAAAAACAAUGUUACAACCAGAGAAUGCUGGCAAUUCACUCUCAUUCACUACUGACUGCUGGUCCGGAUCAACAGAAUCACUAAUGAGUCUUACGUGUCACUUCAUUGAUAACGAAUGGACAAAAAGGCAGUUGGUGUUGAACACAAAGGUGAUGCAAGGAUCCCACACUGGCGAGUACAUUAAAGAAAUGUUUCUAGGCAUGCUUGAUGACUGGGGUAUAAGCAAAGAUAGAGUGCUGCUUGUGCUUCGAGACAGCGGAGCAAACAUGGUGAAAGGAAUGAGGCUUGCUGAAGUGUCAGAUCUCAGCUGCAUGGCACACACCCUGCAACUUGUAGUAAAUGAUGGUCUGUCAAGCCAGAGAGCUGUGAUCGACAUAAUUGCCAUGCUAAAAAAGUGUGCAAGUCAUUUCCACCAUUCAUUCAUUGCCAAGCACCGACUGAGGUGCAUUCAGUCAGACCUUGGCCUGCCCAAAAACAGCCUGAUUCAAGCUGUUCCAACACGAUGGAACUCCACACUCCACAUGCUACAAAGAAUGCUGGAACAGAAGCGAGCUCUUAGCAUCUAUGCUGGUGAGCAUGGAGGCUAUUCUUGCCCUAAUGCUGAUCAGUGGGAGAUUGUAGCAAAUCUUAUUCAGACCCUCCUCCCAAUAGAGGAAGUGACACUAGAGGUUAGCCAUAAUGACUCAAGUGUGUCAUCCGUUAUUCCGUGUGUGAGAGUGCUGAAGAUGCUUCUUCAAGAGAAUGAAGGGCACACUACACGUGGCAUUAAAACACUCAGGGAGGUCAUGAAGGAAAGCCUCAACAAACGUUUUUUGAAGUAUGAAGAGAAUAUAAACGUAGUUAUGGCAUGUCUUUUAGAUCCUCGAUUCAAACAUCAUGCUUUCUCUUCUGAUAAUGUAUUGGCCAAGGCAAAAGAAUGGCUGACAGAAGAUAUGCAAAAGGAGGAUGAUGAUUCAACAGAAACCUACAAAUUCCCAAAAAGGAAACACAUGGAAAAAAGUCUUAAACAUGGCCAAAUUGAUGCCAUGUUCAGCGUUUUAUUGGGGCCUCAUGUAGAGGAUACUCUAACUUUACCAAAAGUCAGCCUUGAGGAUGAGCUUCAUCUUUAUUUGAAAGAACCAGUGAUCAAUAGAAAAGGCAAUCCACUUGAGUGGUGGAAAGAAAAUGAGACACGCUUUAAAACCCUUGCUUCUUAUGCCAGAAGAUACCUUUGCUCUCCACCCUCCUCUGUACCUAGUGAGCGUGUUUUCAGUGAAGUGUCUGCAAUCUACGAAAGAAACAGAAACCGUUUAACAGGAGAACAUGCAGAAAUGUUGUGCUUUCUGCACUACAAUGUACUCCUUCUCAACUGGAAGUAUUGA